GUAGGUGAGGCAGGUUUGUUGACUCAGUUGGAGCUCGGGAUUGCCCAGAGCAGUCGCUGACUAAGUAGGUAGUGUCAUAGUUCGAGCUGCCUUUUCGGAAAUAUUGCAGUUAUGUAGUUAUAUGUACAAGCACUGUUCGAGCUUAAGAAGAUGUCUGCUGGCAAACGGAUUUCGCGUGACCGCUGCAGUUUAUGAACAAGCCCGGUGUUAGUUAGCAUUAGCUUAAAUUAGAAGAUUGACGAGAUAAACGUUUGAAGUUCCCCUGUAAGGGUGAGAUGGCUAAAGCUAGGCUGACCAGAGGUAGCUUCAGUCAGCUGUAGUCAGCUGGCGAGCCGUUUGAGAGAUGGAUUUACUAAUCGUUCUGCAAGGAUUCAGACCGUAACUAAAUCAGCGAGUUUAUCCGGUGAGCGACAACAGAAAGCAGCGGUAUCUCGGCGCUGCUGUGAAGCUCUCUUGUCCAGGCUUCGCUGCUGGCCUUGGAAGUUAGCAGACGGCUAAUAGCUGCACGUCUGGCUAUCCACCAGGGUGCAUGCUGCUGAUGGCUUCUCUGUUAGCUAUGGGCACUGUGACCGACGCAUGCCCCACGGUGCACCAAAACGGGACUGCCCAUCGAGAAUCUUCAGACGCAAGACCAGCUGCUCCUGUUCUAAGGCUUCAUUUCUACCACAGUAGCCAGGGGGCAGCCGACAGCAGCUUUCUCAGCUACCCACCUGGGGAGUAUGUGGCUGAGGAGCUGUGUAUAGAUACAGCCAAGGCGUGCUGUAUAUCACCUCUGUACUACAGCCUUUUUAGCCUUUAUCGCGCGAGAGACAACAUGUGGUUUGCUCCAAACCACAUCUUCCAGCUUGAUGAGUCGUCCUCUGAAGAUCUGUUUUUCAGAAUACGGUACUACUUCCCUGGCUGGUACUGUAGUGGUGUAUCACGGGCAUAUCGAUAUGGGGUCAAAAAGGGGUCAGAAAGUCCUGUCCUUGAUGAUUAUGUAAUGUCCUACCUCUUUUCUCAGUGGAGGAAUGACUUUGUCAAUGGAGUGGUGAAGAUUUCCAGCUCUCAUGAGUCACAGGAAGAGUGCCUUGGUAUGGCUGUGCUGGACAUGACGAGGACAGCUAAGGAAAGACAGAUGUCCCCUUUAGACAUCUACCACCAUACAAGUUACAAGUCCUUCUUACCGAAGGAUAUGAGAAAUCAGAUCCAGGAUUGUAGUUUUUUAACCCGUAAGAGGAUCCGCUUCCGCUUUAAGCGCUUCAUCCAGCAGUUCAGUCAGUGUCGGACCACGGUCCGCGAUCUGAAGCUCAAGUACCUUAUCAGCAUCGAGUCACUGGAGAAAGCCUUCUACACAGAAACCUUUGAGGUUAAAGAACCAGCUAGCGGACAGCUCAUCAUUCUGGUUGCAGCAGACACUGGGAUACAGUGGUGUCGAGAGAAAUUAAAAGAUUCUGAUGAGGAGCUGCAGACAUUAUGCGACUUCCCUGAUAUCACUGACAUCAGCAUCAAACAGGCCAGCAAAGAUGGCGCGACAGAGAGCCGGUUGGUCACCAUCAAUAAGCAAGAUGGGAAGAAUCUGGAGCUGGAGUUUCCAAAUCUGUUUGAAGCCCUCUCCUUUGCGUCUCUCAUUGACGGUUACUAUCGACUGACCACAGAUGCACAUCACUACCUUUGUAAGGAGGUGGCACCUCCCAGGCUUGUUGAGGCCAUAUCUUGUCAUUGCCAUGGCCCCAUUUCGAUGGAGUUUGCCGUCAGCCGUCUUCAGAAGUGUGGAAACAAGCGGGGAUUGUACAUUUUGAGAUUUAGCCCAAAAGACUUUAAUAAGUAUUUUCUAACAUUCCCGGUGGAGAUGUUUGAUAUGGUGGACUACAAGCACUGCCAGAUCACUAGGUCUGCUACUGGUGAGUUUAACCUCAGUGGAACCAAGCGAAACUUCAGCACCCUGCAGGAGCUGCUCAGCUGCUACCAAAAAGAAACCGUGCGCUCAGACAACAUCAUUUUCCAGUUCAGCAAGUGCUGUCCUCCUCAGUCCAAAGAAAAAUCCUGCCUCCUUGUCUGCAGGAGCAACAAGGGUUCAGAAGUGCCCCUAUCUCCAUCCCUACAACGACACAACAUUAGUCAGAUGGUGUUUCACAAGAUCAGGAAAGAAGACUUGGAAUGUCUGGAGAGUCUUGGUCAAGGAACAUUUACAAAGAUCUUCAAAGGGGUCCGAAAGGAGCUGGGAGACUACGGACAAAUGUAUGAGACAGAAGUUGUGAUGAAAGUUCUGGACCUGGCCCAUAGGAAUUACGCUGAGUCUUUCUUUGAAGCAGCCAGCAUGAUGAGCCAGUUAUCCCAUAAACACCUGAUCCUGAACUAUGGUGUGUGUGUCUGUGGAGAAGAGAACAUCAUGGUGCAAGAGUACGUAAAGUUUGGUUCGCUGGACACCUACCUGAAGAAGAACAAGAACUUUGUAAACAUUCAGUGGAAGCUCGAAGUGGCAAAACAGCUGGCCUGGGCCAUGAACUUCCUGGAGGAAAAGCAUCUUGUCCAUGGAAAUGUCUGUGCCAAAAAUGUUCUGUUGAUCAGGGAGGAGGAUCGGAAAGUUGGGAAUCCCCCUUUCAUCAAGCUUAGUGACCCUGGUAUCGGCAUCAUCGUCCUGCCUAAAGAAAUCCUGAUUGAAAGGAUCCCUUGGGUGCCACCUGAAUACAUAAAGGAACCUAUCAAACUGAGCCUAGAUGCAGACAAGUGGAGCUUUGGCGCCACAUUGUGGGAAAUUUGCAGCGGUGGAGAGAAACCACUUGCAGUCCUGGACAACUCUAAGAAAGUCCUGUUCUACGAAGAUCACCAACAUCUCCCUGCGCCAAAGUGGACAGAACUGGCUAACCUGAUUACCAGUUGCAUGGAAUACGAGCCCACAUUCAGGCCCACAUUCCGGGCAGUUAUCCGUGACCUUCACAGCCUCUUCACACCAGACUACGAGUUGAUCAUGGAUGACAUCCUGCCAAAUCGAACAGCAGGUGCUGGCUGGACAACUGGUGGUUUGGAGAAUCAAGAGCCAGCUCUGUUUGAAGAACGGCAUCUCAUAUUUUUACAGUUGCUCGGCAAGGGAAACUUCGGCAGUGUGGAGAUGUGUCGCUAUGACCCACUGCAGGACAACACAGGAGAGGUUGUUGCCGUGAAGAAACUACAGCACAGCACAGCAGAGCACAUGCGAGACUUUGAGCGGGAGAUUGAAAUUCUCAAAUCUCUCCAGCAUGAGAACAUCGUCAAGUAUAAGGGUGUUUGUUACAGCGCAGGUCGACGGAAUCUUCGCCUCAUCAUGGAAUAUCUUCCCUUUGGAAGUCUUCGAGAUUACCUCAUAAAAAACACGGAGCAAAUCGACCAUAAAAAGCUGGUCCAUUAUGCCUCUCAGAUCUGCAAGGGAAUGGAGUACCUGUCAAGUAAGCGGUACAUCCACAGAGACCUGGCAACACGGAACAUCCUUGUUGAGAGUGAGCUGAGGGUAAAAAUUGGAGAUUUUGGCCUCACCAAAGUUCUGCCUCAGGAUAAAGAGUAUUAUAUGGUCCAAGAACCAGGAGAAAGCCCCAUAUUCUGGUAUGCCCCUGAGUCAUUGACCGAGAGUAAGUUCUCCGUGGCUUCAGAUGUGUGGAGCUUUGGAGUGGUGCUGUAUGAGCUCUUCACCCACAGUGACAAAAACUGCAGUCCUCCUGCAGUUUUUAUGUCAAUGAUGGGUAACGAUAAGCAGGGACAGCUGAUCGUCUAUCACCUCAUUGAGCUCCUCAAAUCAGGCAGCAAGCUGCCUCAGCCCCUGGGUUGUCCUUCAGAGAUAUACGAGAUCAUGGAGGAGUGUUGGGAUAAAGACCCCACUUUACGUCCAUCUUUCAAUGAACUGGCUCUGCGCAUCGACCUGAUCAGGGACAGUGAGGAGUUUUAAAAAUCAAGUGCCCCCUCACUUUGAACCAAGACACUUAAAAUACUUGCUCUGGCUCUGGCUGUGGCUGAAGGAUGAAGACCAAAGCAAGGACCCUCUGCCAGCAUGCUGUGCAGCAGUGGGACUUGAAACGGGGUGUGUUGGAACGAGGAUCUGCUCGAGAGCUACUGCCGAGGUGCCUUCUAGCAAGGGGCCUUUCUAAUGUGGAGUUGCUCAGUGGCCUGAAUGAAAAUGUUUGGAUGGUUAAACUUUUGAAGCUGAUGUUGCUGAAAAUGAGCAACUGUAUUUGGUCAAAGUUUUAAAGAAAACUUGAAGCAUCUAUAGAGACUGUGAUGAGACUGUUGCCAGACCUAAAGCUAGAGACACUUGUGAACAAGUUCUCUGUUUGUGUGGGUGUGGGUGUGUGUGUGUCUGUGUGAGUGUGUCUGUGAGUGUGUGUGUGUGUGUCUGUGUGUGUGUGUCUGUGAGUGUGUGUGUGUGUGUGUGU